AUUUUUUACUUUAAUGUUGCAGUUGAAGAUAUGGCAACUCUAGAGGACAAAUUGCUUGGAGAGAAGCUUGAGUACUAUUGUAGUAGCAGUGAGAGUGAUGGUGAGCAUGACAGUGAUGCAGAAUUUGAGAGUAUCAAUAAAAGUGGCCCCAAUCCAGCCUCUGCAGUUGUAGAAAAACCUGACAUUGGUAGAUGGGAAGGAAUAUCCACAAAUACUGGCCCUAAGGGAGUAAUAAAAGACUGGCAGCGCUACAAGCAGCUGGAAACUGAGAGAAGGGCAGAGCAGGAUAAGGAAAGGCUAGAUCUCAUCAAGAGGCUCUCACUUACCUGUCGUUCAACUUUGGAUGAUGAAAAAGCCAAGGAGGAAGAUGAGGAAAUCCAGAAAUUGCUGGAGGAUUCUUUCUUGGAAACAUAUAUACAAAAGCGGAUGGAAGAAAUGAUGAUUCAAUCCAAUUCAAUGCCAACAUUUGGGAAGGUGAUUACUCUCUCUUCUGGAUCUGAGUUCCUGGAUGCCAUAGAAAAAGAGGAUAAGAAUGUGACAGUUGUCAUCCAUCUUUAUGAAGAGCAUUCAGAGGCUUGCAGAGCCAUGUCUGGAAGCCUCAUGUGUAUAGCUCAAGAGUAUCCCCAAGUGAAGAUAUGUCAACUUAGAGCUUCCUCAGUUGGAGUGUCCCCCCAGUUUAAAUCUUAUGGAGUGCCAGCUAUCUUGGUCUAUAAAGGAGGGAACUUGAUGGCCACUUUUGUUUCACUAACUCAGGAGUUUGGAGAUGAUUUCUUUGCAAAUGAGGUUGAGGGCUUCCUCAUUGAGCAUGGGGUAUUGCCAGACAAGAGCCUAGUCCCAGAAGUGAUUCGACGGAAGGCACCUGAACCUGAACACGACAGUGAUCUGGAUCUCGACUGAUCUGUGAUAUCGCUUCCCUGUGUCUGACUUGCUUUCCCAUGUGGUCUUCAACUCCUUACAUGUUUUGCAAAGACAAGGGUGCCUGCAAGGCCUGAUCACUUUACCUGGUGUCUCCAAUGACCUCUGAGAUCAACACAAGUUGUUAAUAUCUACCUUGAAUAUUUCACACAUGUUCUUUUCAUAUGUUCAGGGUGGGCUAUAAAUAUUACAAAGCACAUGUAACUUUCUAUUCCUGCAUGCCCAUGAAAAGCAAGAUGAAAAAGACAGUACACAUAUUCUAGUCUCUCUUUGAUGACUAAUUUUGUGUGUUCCUACAGGGAAAUAUAAGACAUUAAUUUGGCAUGAAUACUUAUGGCCCACCCUGUAUUGUCCUGAAAGAGAAUUGGCACAUUCCAAAUCAACCAUGGGAUGUGCAUUUUAUUUAAUUGCUGAGAGUUUGUUGGGUUAAGGAGUUUGCAGUAUUGACUAUAUAUGACUGAGAGUUCUCCUUCCCUGUAUAUGUGAUAACACGCUGGC